GCAAAUAUUCGCUGGCAGCUGCGCUUUCAAACGGCAGCGUUUUGGGGGUCAUGGAGCAAAAAACGAGGCGAUCCGCUCUGUGACGGGCAACGGCGACCUGCUGCAGUGCCGAAACCGACGGAGAAAGAAGUGCGAAUCAGAAGGUCCGACAUGCUGCCAUUGGCUCUCAUUGUGCUCCUCCUCCCCUGUGCGGCCAAUCAGCCCGCGCACAACACAACUAGGAGGAGCAAACUGCUGGUGAUUGACGCCUCCCAACUGGUGUGCAGCCUGCCGGGGCCUGCUGGGCCACCUGGAGUACCCGGGGCACCCGGAGCUGGUGGGUCUACUGGCGUGAUUGGACUACCUGGUAAGGAUGGCAAAGAUGGGCAGGAUGGAGACAGAGGAACCAAAGGAGAAGAGGGCCCACCAGGCAAACCAGGAACUCCAGGCAAACCCGGAACAAAAGGCCGACAGGGCGUCAUCGGUAAGGCUGGUCCUCGGGGCCUGAAGGGGCUUCAGGGUGACCCUGGCAAGUCUGGGGCAGCUGGCCUGAAAGGAGAGACCGGUGAUGGUGGAGAGAUUGGACUACCGGGAGUCUGUCGCUGUGGUGCCAAUAUGGCCAGGUCAGCGUUCUCUGUGGCCGUUACUAAGAGUUACCCCCAAGAAAGGACGCCCAUCCUGUUUAACAAGGUGCUGAUGAACGAGGGCAGCCAUUACAAUGCCAGCACUGGGAAGUUUGUGUGUGCCAUUCCUGGCAUCUACUACUUCACCUACGACAUCACGCUGGCCAACAAGCACUUGGCAAUUGGACUGGUGCACAAUGGACAGUAUAAGAUCAAGACUUUUGAUGCCAACACAGGCAACUAUGAUGUGGCUUCCGGGUCUACGGUCCUUCAUCUGAAGCAAGGCGACGAGGUCUGGCUCCAGAUCUUUUAUUCAGAGCAGAACGGCCUCUUCUUUGACCCCUACUGGACAGACAGCUUGUUCACCGGAUUUCUAAUCUACCCCGACCAGGACUUCAUCAAUGCCAUUGAUGAGGGAGAGAACUGAGGAGGCUCCUGCUUUGUACAGAAUCGGGUUUAAUUUAGAGCCUCGGUGGGUGACAUUCAUCUAAUAAAGGACGAGGUCCCUGACGUGGCAUCGGCACAAGCGGGAGGAGACCCUGGGACCUCCAGAUGUUUUGGGAAAGAAACAAAAAGGCCGUUGGUGACCGGUGCCACCCUGAUGGUGUCCCCUUAGCUGCCUGCUGUGUGCACAUGUACAGUCCAGUGAAGUAGUCUUUGAGAAAGGCACUAUAUAAGAAUGACUUGGGCCGCGACAUCAGACCAGAUAUAUUGCAUUUAAAUAUCUGCAGUGUAAUUAAAUGGCUUGUUGUUUAUCUUAACCAGUCAAUUCAUUCAUCGCAAAUACGUACAGGGUGAGCCAAAAUGAAGGUCAUUGUGUGAGGUAGGGGGCAGCCGGUGGGCGACAGGAAAUCACUUGUAGUUUUCAGUCGGCCGCCUGCCUUGGUCCGGUCCAUCAUCAUCAUCAUCAUCAUCAUCAACGCACCUUUCGAAAGCACUUUAGCAUUCCUCCUCACGGUGACGUCCCAAAUCAGUGGGUAGUUAAGUUCAGACAGGCGGGUACAACACUGAACAGAAAAUCUCCAGGCUGUCCUCGGACUCUACGAACGCCUGAAAACAUCCAAGCUGUAAGGGCGUCCAUUCUGCAGUCUCCUAGACGAUCGGCGCGCGUCUGCCGGUGGGAUUUCCAGCAUGUCUUUGAGGACCUCCAUUUCCAUCCCUACAAAAUGGUGGCUGUGCAGGAACUCAUUGGGAGAGCCGCAGAGAGAAUGCGCGAAACAUCCUGCAAACCGCUCAUCGAGAUGCCAUCGUCACGCGACGUCAGCGACGAGGCACAUUUCCAUUUCAGUGGUUGCGUGAAUAACCGUAACUUUCGCUACUGGGCUGAACGUCAUCAGAGACCCCCGCACAGGGAGCACACAGGUUACAGUUUGCUGCAGCGUUGCAGGAUUUGCCAUUGUAGGCCCUUACUUAUUUGAGGAGGUGGGGAGCAACGGUCACCGUCACACCAGAACGGGACGUUGAAAUGCUAGGGAACUGGAAGAAAUGGAUGUGCUGGAGCAACAGCUCAUACGGCCUGGCGGAGAUCCAUGCAAGUGUUUUCUGGGAGAUGUCUCCAGGGAAGCAGACCCCAACCCGUGCGGCGAUGUCGGGUGGCCUUCAUGUUCGCCUGAUCUCACCUCCGCUUUCAAGUCGAAGGUCUACACACACCGACCUCAAAACCUUGAAGCCCCCAAAGGACGCUAUUCGCCACGAAAUGGCCGAACGAGUCAUGCGAGUAUUCAGAAAUCGUCUCAAACAGAGUAUCGUUAAUGAUGGCCACCACCUUGAAGACGUCAUUUUUAAAAAAUAAUCCAUUUUGUAUCCCCUUUCUUGUGUCGUAAUGAAAUGUUUUUGAUCUUGCAGCGUUUUUUUUGUGGAAUAAACGUUUGAAAUGUGGUCCUUCUUUUCGGCUCACCCUGUAUGCAGAUUUACUGGCCGUAGCUUGGAACGAGGACUGGGUAUCAGCACUGAGGUCCCGAUUCGACUCCGAUUCGCAGUGCUUUGAUUCAAUAUCGAUUUCAUCUUGACUGACUUAGCGUACGCUGAUAUACGUGGCGACUUCAUUCUGCAUAAAGAACAUUAAUAGAAGGUGACCGAUUUCAUCCAUCCAUUAUCCAGCCCGCUAUAUCUCAACUACAGGGUCACGGGGGUCUGCUGGAGCCAACACAGGGCGCAAGGCAAGAACUAAACCCCAGGCAGGGCGCCAGCAUAUUCAAAACCCAUUCCCAAAAGUGUUGGCACAUUAAGUAAAAAGGUUUAAAAGAACAGAAAGUGGUUUUUAAGUCCACUUUGACCUUCAUUGAAUUAAAAAGAGAGAACGUAACAUGAAAUGUCUACAGCAGGAAGGCCGCUCACGCUCAUCGGCAGUCGACUGAAGCACGGUGGACAUGCCAGCUUUUCAAACCGUUUUUGAAGAUAAUGGACAUUUUUGGGCCGAAAGUCACCCCCCCCAUCACGGUAUGCCCAUGACCCGCCUGAGAAUGCACCUUUAAUGGAAAGGGCGGACCGGUGACGCGACUCUGGUCUACAAUUACUGAGCAGGUGAGGCUCUCAAAGCCACAGGGUCAGCGCUGCAGUGUGAGCCUCAGCAUCCGUGAUCAGCCCGUCUGCCUAAAGCUGGUGACGCAUUACACGACUUCUGCUUCAGACUUGACAGCUGCUGUUGGUGAUCUUGACACCUGAGGACGUCACAUCACGACUACAAACUGCAGGGCGACGUUCCAGCUCAGUUUCCCGUUUCAGGAGUGUGACGAGUUCCCUCCUUUAUGUGACAGUAAUGUGGUGUCUGAUGGAGCCGGUGAGGUGUGAGGGGUUUGCCGGUGCAGCGAGUUCAGCCACAAUCUUUGCUCAUUUUCUCCUUCGUUUCCCAUUCUAUUGUGGUGCACAAAACACAAGGCAUCGGACCGAUGAGCCUUUCUUCCGUU